CCGUGGCACCAGCAGCGGCGGCUGCGGCGGUCCUCGGAGCAACACCCCAGCCUAAAACGAGGGAGGAGGAGAAGCCCCUGUUAGCCGCGGCAGCAGCCACGCCUCUCCUGGCCGGUACUGUGGUCGCUUCCCUUCCCCUCCUCCCUGUUCCCCGCCCUCCCACCCCCGGGCCGUUGGAAAGACUGGGACUUCGAUUUUCUGUACAAAUUGACAUCUCUUCAUUUUUCACAAACUUGAUGUGGAGGCUCUAGCUGCGUUGAUAACUUUGAUUACCAAAACGCAAACGCCCGUAGCCCCUCAAUUACUCUGUGGGGUAAUUGCGCCCGCCUCGGGUCCAGGACAACCGCUCUCCCUCACCCCCCCCCCCCGCCUCCCCGUCCCUCCAAAGCCAUCCUCAGCGCAAAGGAGCGCGCUCUCGCCUCGGCAGCCUCCCUCCCCUCCCCCCUUCCUCGGCUGUCCCUGGGACCACCGGACAGCUCAGCCGGGUCCCCAGGCGCCUGCGGCGCUUGCCAGCAACUCAGAGUCCCGCCUGCGUCCCCUUUUUCCUCCCCUAGAGGCUACGAAGAGGCCAGCGUGGCCCCCCCGGGUCCCGGAGGGCGCGUUCCAGGCGGGUCCUCUCUCCGCAGUAAGCCGGGAGCGCUGGGGGGUGGUUCUUGCGCAUGCCAGGUGCACAGACAACGCGCUCGCCAGCCCCGGUGCCAGUGCGCUGCGGCGGGUCGGGCAGUGCCUGAAAGGCUGCGCCCUGGUCGCCCUCCCCGUCUUCGCUUCAAGUGCGGUCGGGACUCGGCCGAGCGCCGUCUGGCCCGCGCAGACGCCGCCCGACCCGCAGCCCUGCGCUGCUGCGGCCAGUUGCGCCCGGCUAACUUCGAAAGGGGAAAACUGAGUAGCCGGGCUGGAGGGAGGGGGCUCGGGGCCGCGCGGCGCUCCCUCGGCCCCCCGGAGCCCCCGGGCCCCCCGCGAGCCCCCGCCAAGUCCACCGCAACCUCAGCAUUGGAGCCGGUGCGGGUGUCUCCCCCGCGCCGCCGGGCCGCCCUGGGCGGGACUCCUCCCGCGGCCUCCGGGGCCACGGGGCGCGCGCAACAGGCGGCCCGAGCCGGCGGGAAGCUGGAGCGCCGGCGGCGUCGGCCUCGGAGGGGUGUGGAGAGGCGAGGCCAGGCAGAGCCCCGCGCAGCCAUGGAGUCGCUCCUGCUGCCGGUGUUGCUGCUGUUGGCCGUUUUGUGGACGCAGGCGGCUGCCCUCAUUAACCUCAAAUACUCGGUGGAAGAGGAGCAGCGCGCUGGGACAGUGAUAGCCAACGUGGCCAAGGACGCGCGGGAGGCGGGCUUCGCGUUGGACCCCAGGCAGGCUUCGGCCUUCCGCGUGGUGUCCAACUCGGCUCCGCACCUGGUGGAUAUCAACCCCAGCUCCGGCCUGCUGAUCACUAAGCAAAAGAUCGACCGAGACCUGCUGUGCCGCCAGAGUCCUAAGUGUAUCAUCUCGCUCGAGGUCAUGUCCAGUUCAAUGGAGAUCUGUGUGAUUAAGGUGGAGAUCAAGGACUUGAACGACAACGCCCCCAGCUUCCCAGCCGCACAGAUCGAGUUGGAGAUCUCGGAGGCAGCCAGCCCCGGUACGCGCAUCCCGCUGGACAGCGCCUACGAUCCAGACUCAGGCAGUUUUGGCGUACAGACGUAUGAGCUCACCCCUAACGAGCUGUUCGGCCUGGAAAUCAAGACGCGCGGCGACGGUUCCCGCUUUGCCGAACUGGUGGUGGAGAAGAGCCUGGACCGGGAGACACAGUCGCACUAUAACUUUCGCAUCACUGCCCUCGACGGCGGCGACCCGCCACACCUGGGCACCGUUGGCCUCAGCAUCAAGGUGACCGACUCCAAUGACAACAACCCUGUGUUCGGCGAGUCCACCUAUGCGGUGAGUGUGCCCGAGAACUCGCCUCCGAACACACCUGUCAUCCGCCUCAAUGCUAGCGACCCAGACGAGGGCACCAACGGCCAGGUAGUGUACUCCUUCUAUGGCUAUGUUAACGACCGCACACGCGAGCUUUUCCAGAUUGACCCACACAGCGGUCUGGUCACCGUCACUGGUGCCCUAGACUAUGAAGAAGGCCACGUGUAUGAACUGGACGUGCAAGCCAAGGACCUGGGGCCCAACUCCAUCCCAGCACACUGCAAAGUCACCGUCAGUGUGCUGGACACCAAUGACAACCCGCCAGUCAUCAACCUGCUGUCGGUCAACAGCGAGCUCGUGGAGGUGAGCGAGAGCGCCCCCCCGGGCUAUGUGAUUGCCCUGGUGCGGGUGUCUGAUCGCGACUCCGGCCUCAAUGGACGCGUGCAGUGCCGUUUGUUGGGCAAUGUGCCCUUUCGGCUGCAGGAAUACGAGAGUUUCUCCACUAUCCUGGUGGACGGACGGCUGGAUCGCGAGCAACAUGAUCAGUACAAUCUCACGAUUCAGGCCCGUGACGGCGGCGUGCCCAUGCUGCAGAGUGCCAAGUCCUUUACCGUUCGUAUCACUGACGAGAAUGACAACCAUCCCCACUUCUCCAAGCCCUACUACCAAGUCAUCGUGCAGGAGAACAACACGCCCGGCGCUUAUCUGCUCUCUGUGUCAGCCCGAGACCCUGACCUGGGUCUUAAUGGCAGUGUCUCCUACCAGAUUGUGCCGUCGCAGGUGCGGGACAUGCCUGUCUUCACCUACGUCUCCAUUAACCCCAACUCGGGUGAUAUCUAUGCACUGCGAUCCUUUAACCACGAGCAGACCAAGGCAUUCGAAUUCAAGGUGCUGGCCAAAGACGGUGGCCUGCCCUCACUUCAGAGCAACGCCACAGUACGGGUCAUCAUCCUCGACGUCAAUGACAAUACCCCGGUCAUCACAGCCCCGCCCCUGAUCAAUGGCACUGCUGAGGUCUACAUCCCGCGAAACUCUGGCAUAGGCUACCUGGUGACAGUUGUCAAAGCAGACGACUACGACGAGGGCGAAAAUGGCCGAGUCACCUAUGACAUGACUGAGGGUGACCGCGGCUUCUUUGAAAUAGACCAAAUCAAUGGUGAAGUCAGAACCACUCGCACCUUCAACGAGAACUCCAAAGCUUCCUAUGAGCUUAUCGUGGUGGCCCACGACCAUGGCAAGACAUCUCUGUCUGCCUCUGCACUAGUCCUUAUCUACUUGUCACCUGCUCUGGAUGCCCAAGAGUCAAUGGGCUCUGUGAACCUGUCACUGAUUUUCAUUAUAGCCCUGGGCUCCAUUGCUGGCAUCCUCUUUGUCACUAUGAUCUUCGUGGCAAUCAAGUGCAAGCGAGACAACAAAGAGAUCCGGACCUACAACUGCAGUAAUUGUUUAACCAUCACUUGUCUCCUCGGCUGUUUUAUAAAAGGACAAAACAGCAAGUGUCUGCAUUGCAUCUCAGUUUCUCCCAUUAGCGAGGAGCAAGACAAAAAGGCAGAGGAGAAAGUGAGCCUAAGGGGAAAGAGAAUCGCUGAGUACUCCUAUGGGCAUCAAAAGAAAUCAAGCAAGAAGAAAAAAAUCAGUAAGAAUGACAUCCGCCUGGUACCCCGGGAUGUGGAGGAAACAGACAAGAUGAACGUUGUCAGUUGUUCCUCCCUGACCUCCUCCCUCAACUAUUUCGACUACCACCAGCAGACGCUGCCCCUGGGCUGCCGCCGCUCUGAGAGCACUUUCCUGAACGUGGAGAACCAGAAUACCCGCAAUACCAGCGCUAACCACAUCUACCAUCACUCUUUCAACAGCCAGGGCCCCCAGCAGCCAGACCUGAUCAUCAAUGGCGUGCCUCUGCCCGAGACUGAAAACUACUCUUUUGACUCCAACUACGUGAACAGCCGCGCCCAUUUAAUCAAAAGCAGCUCAACCUUCAAGGACUUAGAGGGCAACAGCCUGAAGGAUAGUGGACAUGAGGAGAGUGACCAGACUGACAGUGAACAUGAUGUCCAGCGGAGCCUGUAUUGUGAUACUGCUGUCAACGAUGUGCUGAAUACCAGUGUGACUUCCAUGGGAUCUCAGAUGCCUGACCAUGAUCAGAAUGAAGGAUUUCAUUGCAGAGAAGAAUGUCGAAUUCUUGGCCACUCUGACCGGUGCUGGAUGCCCCGGAACCCCAUGCCAACCCGCUCCAAGUCCCCUGAGCAUGUGAGGAACAUCAUCGCGCUGUCCAUCGAGGCUACCGCUGCUGACGUUGAGGCUUAUGACGACUGCGGCCCCACCAAACGGACUUUUGCAACCUUUGGGAAAGAUGUCAGUGAUCACCCGACUGAGGAGAGGCCCACCGUGAAAGGCAAGAGGACUGUUGAUGUGACCAUCUGCAGCCCCAAGGUCAACGGCGCUAUCCGGGAGGCGGGCAAUGGUUGUGAGGCAAUUAGCCCCAUCACCUCCCCUCUCCACCUCAAAAGCCCUCUGCCUACUAAGCCUUCUGUGUCUUACACCAUUGCUCUGGCUCCCCAGGCCCGUGAUCUGGAGCAGUAUGUCAACAAUGCCAACAAUGGCCCCUCUCGUCCCUCUGAAGCUGAGCCCCGUGGAGCUGACAGUGAGAAAGUCAUACAUGAGGUCAACCCCAUUCUGAAGGAGGGUCGUGAUAAAGAGUCACCUGGUGUGAAGCGUCUGAAGGAUAUCGUUCUGUAAAUCAGUCUUGGGCAAGAAGACUGGCUAGUAGAGCAGGAGCUGCUCUUGUUAAUUGCUCAGCAAUGGUUGGUUCUUGAAUGGCUGUAAUUCGGAGCAUUCUCUAAAUGAAUUGUUUAUAAAAGACUUUCUGUGACAAUCCCUCUUGUUUCAACAGGCAGUAGGGGUGUUCAAUUGGAGCAAAUGAUCAUGGGGCCUUGAUGUUGGGGAAACAGACAAAUUGUGAGAAGUAUUAUGUAUUAAGUGUUUGAAUUGAUAUAUUUUUCUAUGUCAAAAUUAUAAUAUAAAUUACCAUUGUUUGUGGAGGAUCACAUUAAAAGAAACAAAAAGUGAAAAAAAAAUAAAUAAAAGUUCUGGACAACUUUAGUAAGCUCACCACUGUUUUUUUGUAGUGUAGAAAAGUUAACAGUCAUUUAUUGUGUACUAUUCAUUGAUUCAG